AUGUCUGCCAUUUUCAAUUUUCAGAAUCUGUUCACUGUAAUCUUGCUACUUAUAUGUACCUGUGCUUAUAUCCGAUCCUUGGCACCCAGCCUCCUGGACAGAAAUAAAACUGGGUUGUUGGGUAUAUUUUGGAAGUGUGCCAGAAAUGGUGAACGGAAGAGUCCUUAUGUUGUAGCAUGCUGUAUUGUGAUGGCCUUCAAUAUCCUCUUCAUACAGUAG